ACCUGGCAAACGCCGAGCCGGUCGAAUGCCAAUUCGGCACUUCGGCGCGGUUCCUUCAUUCACGAAUGCCACCAUUCACAGUUGCCAUGGGAACUUCAAACUCAGUUCCAAAAACUUCACAAUUGUUUACACUUCAAUGAAAGCUGUGACAAUUUUAUCUCACUGUUUUAUCUAAUUGGCUAUGCGAAUACUUCAAACAACCGAACAUGUCCAUUCUACUUAUUUCAACUCUGUUGUUUAUCCAAGUUUAUCAUGGAUAUUGCGCGUAUCCCGAGAUUGAUGACAACGGAUAUAUUCUUUACUGUCCGUGCAUGGGAAGAUUUGGUAAUCAGGCAGAUAAUUUUCUCGGUGCGCUAGGAUUUUCCAUAGCCUUAAAUCGAACUUUAGUCGUACCGCCAUGGGUUGAGUAUCGAACAGGAGCUACAAGGUCGACCCAGGUACCGUUUGACACCUACUUCAAUGUAUCACAACUGGAAACUUGCCAUAGGGUGAUUGUCAUGGAAAGAUUUAUGAACUCACUUGCCCCUAUAGUAUGGCCUCCAUCAAAAAGGAUUUCAUUCUGCUAUUCCAUUCGAGGCAUCACAGGGUCAUGUAAUGCAAAAGAAGGGAAUCCAUUUGGUCCAUUUUGGGAUACAUUUAAUGUUGAGUUUGUGAGCUCAGAAUUUUACGGGCCUUUACAUUAUGAUGUUCAUCACAGUGACAUGGUGUAUCAAUGGGCAAAAAAAUACCCACCAGCCUCAUGGCCAGUAUUGGCAUUUACGGGAGCUCCAGCUAGUUUUCCUGUACAAAUGGAAAAUAAAAAACUGCAAAAAUGUAUUACUUGGAAUGAUGAAAUAGCCAGCCAAGCUAAAUUAUUUGUGAAACAACAUCUGCCUAGAGGAGCUUACAUAGGAAUUCAUUUACGGAAUGGAAUAGAUUGGGCUAGAGCCUGCGAAUUUAUUUCGAGUUCUCCAAAUCUGUUUGCUGCACCACAAUGUUUGGGAUACAGAAAUGAAAGAGGCAAAGCAACACCAGCUAUGUGUCUGCCACCGCUAGAACUGAUAGUUCGUCACCUGAAACGUAUAAUUCGCACAAAGAACGAUGUCAAAUCUAUAUAUGUUGCCUCUGAUAAUAAUCAUAUGAUACCAGAGCUUAGUAAGGCUUUGAAGAGAAUGGAAAUUGGUGUGUACAAGCAAGAUGAACCAGCGUCUUCUCACUUGGACUUAGCAAUUUUAGGAAAUUCGAACUACUUUAUAGGCAACUGCAUUUCAUCCUUUUCUGCGUUUGUUGCUCGAGAAAGAGAAGUUCGCGGGCUUCCUACUUUCUUUUGGGGUUUUCCUCCUGAGAGAAAUCCAUCCUCACUUUCGCGUGAAGAAUUGUGAAAUGUAAGGUUCGAACAUUAACACCCGGAUGCGAGGUCGUUCAUUACGCAAAAGGAUUCUUUUAGCGCUUCCGCGAAUUCCUUUGUACGGGUUUCUUUACAUGCAUUGAAAGAAGAACAAGCUACUCUAAUGUCUUUCGGCCGUGGAUUGUAGCAGCAACCAUAUCCGUCUGGUGUUACUGGACCGUAACACAUGAACGAAGCGGUUUUGUAUGGGACCUGGAGAGAAGAUGGCACAAAAAUAAACAAAAAUUACAGUGGUA